CAAUACCUUCAUUAACCCGAUAUAUAAACACGAGGGUAUGAGAAUGACUUCUCUCACUCUCCCAAAACCCUAGUUCUUACACUCUUCCAGAGGCGGCAUACCCUGCUCUGAUUUGCCGACGCAACUAUGGUGAGAGUUAGUGUUUUGAAUGAUGCUCUCAAGAGCAUGUAUAACGCUGAGAAAAGGGGAAAGCGUCAGGUCAUGAUCAGACCAUCCUCCAAAGUUAUUAUUAAGUUUCUUCUGGUUAUGCAGAAGCAUGGUUACAUUGGAGAAUUUGAGUAUGUUGAUGACCACAGGUCUGGCAAAAUUGUUGUUGAACUGAAUGGAAGGCUAAACAAGUGUGGUGUUAUCAGUCCCCGUUUUGAUGUUGGUGUCAAAGAGAUUGAAGGUUGGACUGCCAGGUUGCUUCCCUCCAGACAGUUUGGUUACAUUGUGCUGACAACUUCUGCUGGCAUCAUGGACCAUGAAGAGGCAAGAAGGAAGAAUGUUGGUGGUAAAGUGCUUGGUUUCUUUUACUAGUCUGAGUUUUCAUCGAGGAGGUUUGAGUUUUGCUUUUGAGAUUUUGGUGUACCCUGGAAGAACUUGUUCACAAUCGGAUUAGCUCCGUUGUUUUUCUUAAUUUAAUUAUGGAUUUUAAAAUGAGAGUAGUAGUUAUUGUCAUUGUUAGUUGAAGAGAAUGAUGUUAUGUGUUCAUACAUUUAUCUAUUAGCAGUUGAUGUGGUUAUCAAUUUCAUAAAGUUUUUCAAAAUUCCAUUAAUCCAAUAUUAUCUUUGAUGCA